AAUAAAUAAACCAAUCCAUGGUGUACGAUCACUUUGAAUAAGGUACAGAGCAUCCGGUGGAUCAGAUGUUCAUACAUUGUAGCAAAUCAGAUCAAGGCGACCCGGGUUCAGUCCAUUUCAAUGAGCUACUAGGUCGAAUCUAAAACAAGCCGGGUUCGAACCGAAGGGCCAUCCCCCUCGCUCUUCUAUAAUCUUUCCGGUCCUGCUUCGUCUUCUUCACGCAUUCUCCACACAUCCAACAUUAAUGGCGACUUCGCCGUCCUACUUCAGAACCUCCUUCUCCUUACUCUUCCUCCUAUUCCUUCACCUCGCCUGCUUAUUCCUCCCCUCUCGCAACAUAGACGAUCAACCACCGCCUCCGCCGUCGCCGAGGGCGCCGAAGAGGAGAAAGAUCACCCCUUUAUCUUCCCCCCAUAACCAGCUACCCGAUUCAACCCAUAGUACUUCCAAGUUCCACUCCAUUCGAUGCUAUCUCCGGCGCCUACUCUGCUUCCGCAAUUCCCAAACCGCUAUCAACGACCGGCAACAAGAGCUUCUUUCGCCACUCAGCCCAGCUCCAAUCCAGAUGAUCAUCCCUUUGUCGCCCGAAGUAAACGGUAGAAUCGACACCUUCGACUCCACCGUGCCCGCCAGCGCACCUAUCGACUACCACCAGGCCGCCGCGAAGAUUUCACUCUCCGAGCUCCGCGCCUCAGACUCCGCCCACAACAUCGUGCGCAUCAUCUUCGAGUCGGGCUGGCGGGGGACGUCGCCGCCCGUCGUCCGCCGCGUGCUCAAGAUCCACCAGGCGGCGCGCGCCCUCGCGCGCUACGAGGAGUACCGCGACGCGGUCCGGGCGCGCGCUGCAAAGAUCGGCGACGGGAGGUGCGUCGCCGACGGUAACGAGCGGCUGCGGUUUUACUGCACGACGACGCUCUGCUCGUGGGAAGCCGGGGCGGUGGAGGCGGGAGGCUGCGGGAGCCCGUACUGCUGCGCCUGCGCGGUGGUGCGGCACGGGUUCGCCGGGAAGCAGGCGGACCUGGACGGGAUCGCGACGCACGCCACCGGGUGGGGCGCGCACAGGGCGCUGCCAGAGGAGCUGGAGCGCGAGUUCGCGUUCCUGGGGGCGCGGCGGGCGAUGCUGGUAUGCCGAGUGGUUGCGGGGAGGGUGUUGCAUAGGUCGAACGCGGGGGAAGAGGAGGAGGAGGAGAAGGGGGCCGGGUUCGACUCUGUAGGGCUGGCAGGCGUCGGCGUCGGUGUCGGCGAGGAUGAGCUGCUGGUGUUCAGUCCCAGGGCGGUGCUGCCGUGCUUCGUCAUCAUUUACUCCACUUGAGCUGAGGUGGACGUCGGCAGCAUUGGGGCCCGCGAAUGCUAUUAGGUCACUAUCCUAGUUGCCAUCUUGUGUCUCUCUUUAAAAAGCUGCGAUCACGUGCCAGCUAGGCACGGUCUUGUUUCAAUGUCCUUGUCGAUUAAAGUAUGUAUAUCUAAUGGAAUCUAUGCACAUUAAUAAACAUGAGAAUCCGACCUUCACCAUA